CCGCCCCCGCCGGGAUUUAUUGAGUAUUUGGACUGGACAAUUAAGUGGCCCUGAUGAUGUUACCAAGCCCGGUCACCUCCACCCCUUUCUCAGUCAAAGAUAUUUUGAAUCUGGAGCAGCAGCAGCAACAGCACUUCCACGGUGCGCACUUGCAGGCGGACUUGGAGCACCACUUCCACUCGGCGCCCUGCAUGCUGGCCGCCGCGGAAGGGACGCAGUUUUCUGACGGAGGGGAGGAGGACGAGGAAGAAGAGGGUGAGAAACUGUCCUAUUUGAACUCACUAGCCACAGCCGAUGGCCACGGGGAUUCGGGGCUCUGUCCCCAGAGCUAUGUCCACACGGUUCUGCGAGACUCGUGCAGCGGGCCUAAGGAACAUGAAGAGGAGCCCGAGGUCGUGAGGGACCGGAGCCAAAGAAGCUGCCCGCUGAAGAAGCCUCUGGAGGCGGCCGGCGACUGUAAGGCGGCGGAGGAGAGCGAGAGGCCGAAGCCACGCAGCCGGCGGAAGCCCCGGGUCCUCUUCUCACAAGCUCAGGUCUUCGAGCUGGAACGCAGGUUCAAGCAGCAGCGGUACCUGUCGGCGCCCGAGCGCGAGCACCUCGCCAGCAGCCUGAAGCUCACGUCCACGCAGGUGAAGAUCUGGUUCCAGAAUCGCAGGUACAAGUGCAAGAGACAACGGCAGGACAAGUCUCUGGAGCUCGGCGCGCACGCGCCCCCGCCACCCCCGCGCCGCGUGGCCGUGCCGGUGCUGGUGCGGGACGGCAAGCCGUGUGUCACGCCAGGCGCGCAACCCUACGGCGCGCCCUACAGCGUGGGCGCGGGCGCCUACUCUUACAACAGCUUCCCCGCCUACGGCUAUGGGAACUCAGCCGCCGCUGCCGCCGCCGCCGCUGCCGCCGCCGCCGCCGCCGCGGCCUAUAGCGGCAGCUACGGCUGUGCGUACCCGGCAGGCGGCGGCGGCGGCGGCGGCGGCGGCGGGGGUGGCAGCGCCUCUGCGGCGGCCGCGGCCAUGCAGCCCCCCUGUAGCGCGGCGGGAGGCGGCCCCUUUGUGAACGUGAGCAACCUGGGCGGCUUCGGCAGCGGUGGCGGCGCCCAGCCGUUGCACCAGGGUGCCGCGGCUGGGGCCGCGUGCGCGCAGGGCACCUUGCAGGGCAUCCGGGCCUGGUAG